UAACCUACCUAUUUACCUCUAUACUUAGUUAAAUCAUCGCGGCCGACGGCCCUCGAGUUUCGGACACAGAACCUGCAAAUAAAUAUUGAUGCAAGCAGACUCGGCGGCUCCGUGGAGUGGCCAGACGGGUCGUGAUGUCAGCGGCGGCGGCGGCGGCGGCGGCGGAGGAAGUGAGGCUGACCCGCUGACCCGUGCUCGGACACGGUGUUUACUAAACAACCAGCGCCGCCCAAACAUCCUUCGCUUUACAAGCUUAUAAGCUUGUAAUUAUAUGCUCUAUUGAUAAUAUACAGUACCGUACAAACUCUCGGGACACAAGACACGUUACAUAAUAGCUAGGUGCGAGACGAUUUAUCUUGUAUUCAUAAAUGCAAGUAUCGCAUCAUUUUUUAUCGUAAUAAGUUGGUGUCUCGUGGUUUAAUGAGUGUGAGCAAGGUGAGCGUCCCUUAUCGCGGCCGCAGAGCGUUUAUCAGUGCUUGGGAGGCUGCGGGCGGCGGCGGCGGCGGCGGCGGCGCGGCGGGUAUAAGGCGGCGCGGGCGGCGCGCGCGGCAGUCAUGCUGCUGGUGCUGGCGGCGACGCUGCUGGCGGCGCAGGCGCAGGCGCGCGUGCUGACGCGCUGCGGGCUGGCGCGCGAGCUGGCGGCUCUGGGCGUGCGCGAGCACCUCGCCACCUGGGUGUGCAUCGCCUACCACGAGUCGCGCCUGGACACGGCGGCGCGCAACCCGCACUCCGGCGACCACGGGCUGCUGCAGAUCAGCGAGCUGUACUGGUGCGGGCCGGGCCGCGUCUGCAGCGCCUCCUGCGACGCCUUCCGCGACGACGAACUGGCGGACGACGUGGCGUGCGCGCUGCGCAUCCACGAGGAGCACACGCGGCUGCAGGGCGACGGCUUCCUGGCCUGGGUCGUGUACCCGCGCUACUGCCGCCACAACGCCAAGAAGUACCUCGCCGACUGCGACGCGCCCCCCGCGGCCCCCGCCAACUCCUCGCGCCUGCAUGGGCCGCGCCUCCUGGAGCCCGCGCGGCAAGACAUCGACGCCCUGCAGCCCCCGUACCUCAGCGUCAAGUCGCUGGUUGGAAACAACUAUAACAGCAUCUUUGGGCCAGAUCGCAGGGAUUGGACGAAGUUCAAGCUGGACAACAUUGACGAGCUGAAGCUCCCGGUGUUCACCAACAAGCCGCCGGCGCGCGUGGAGGCUCCGGCCCGGGUGCAGCCGCCGGCGCAACCACCGACCACGGCCGAGCCCCCGGCGCCGGUGCCCACCUCGCCAGCACGGACGGAGCCGCCGGCCCGGGAGGCGCCACAGCCCACCCCGCCCCGGGCUACAGUCCAGCCGCCGGCGCAGGCGCAGGCCGCGGCGCGCGCUCACGUGCGCAAUCAAAUCACCGAUGACGAUAUCCGGAAGACAACGAGCCGGCCGAGCUCUUAUGCAAAUAAACCGAAAAUUAAUCACGAAUCGACGUCCUUCACCUCUGUCGGAACUACCAAGACUGACGAAGUGGUGACGUCACGGCCUGCUCCCAGGACAUACAAGCCGUUCGUGUUCACCACGAGCCCGCGCUGGUCCACGGAGGCGCCCCGCGCGACCCCCGCCCGCGCGCCGCCGGCCUGGAGCGCCCUCACCACCACCACCACCCCGCGACCAGCGAGCACCCCGCCGCGGCCCCCGCCCCCGCCGCCUCCGCGGGUCCCGGAGACCACCACCGAGCUGAACAUCUUCGACUUCUACCUGCGCCAGGGCACGCGCCGCCCGCCGCUGCGCACCUAUUCCUUCGCGCCGCCGCGCGCGCGCCUCAGCAUCUUCGCCGGGGGCACCACGCCGCCGCCCGCCCCCGCCCGCGCCCCCGCCCAGGGAGGCGCGGCCAGGAACUACGUCAGGAGACAGAUCGGUGAUGAUGUUGCAAGUUAAUUAUUAAUGCUAUCAUAAACGCUCUGUACUAUGUUACUUUAAAAGUGAUAAUUUAAGUAUUAUUUAUAGGUAUUUCUAUUUAUUAAUAAUAUAAUUAAAUAACCAAACAAUCCUAAGUACUUAUACAAUAUUUAAGAAAGAAAUAAAUGUAAGUAGAUUUUAUUUGA